AUGGCCCUCACCAUCAAGCAGCUUCACGGCGCCGCGAGCUUCCUCAUCACCCUCGAGCCGCUCGACACGUCCGACAUUGCCCUGUCCACCCCUUCUCUUUCCAUCCUGCUCGAUCCCCAAACCACCACCACCACCACCGGCGUCCUCCCCACCAUCGACCUCGUGCUCAUCAGCAGCGCCCGUCGCCGCCACUGCCACGAAGCCACCCUGCGACAGCUGCCGUCUCACACGCGCAUCCUUGCCGCCGUGCCGGCGGCCGCCCGCCGCAUCCGCGGAUGGCGACAUUUUGACCCCGCCGUGGUCGAGUGCCUGCCUCGCUGGGACGACAACGACGACGACAGGGUGCUGCGCAUCCCGGUGCUGGCGGCCCGCGGUGGUGUGCCGGGCGAGGUUACGCUGACGGCGAUAAGGAGGAAGCGCGGGGGGGCCGCGCAUGCUUCGAUUGGCAUCACGUAUAGACCGCCAACGGCUACGCGUCCGUGGUUGUGGUGCGCGGCGCCCGGCGACACCCUAGUCCCACCGCCGCCGCCGGGCCUCCCCACGCCGGCCCUCAGCUUCUCCUCCUCCGGCAGCAGCAGCCCCGUCUCCAGCACAAGCGCCCACCCUAGCCCCCCUCUCGCACCCCGAACACCACCACCACCACCGCCACCCAGCAUCACCAGCCCGCGGCGGCGGCGGCCCGUCCACCACCCACCGUCCCCAGACCGGGGCGGGGCCGGCGGGGUGUCCAUCCUCUUCGCGCCGCGCGGCGUGCCCUACCGCGGGGUCCAAGGCUACGCAGCCACACACCUGCUCAACGAGGCCGUGCUGCCCCUUACGGCCCUCCUGCACUGUUUCGACGCGCCCAGCACCGUGUGGCCCCGCGGCGGCAGCGGGCGGGAGACGGCGUCGGCGCUGGGUGCCCGCGCCUGGAUCGGCGUCGGACCGGGGCACGCGGACGCGGUGCAGCGCGCGCUCGACGAGAGCUUUAAGCGGGGUAUGGCGUCGCCGGGGAAUAUGCUGCGGCGCUCGGCCGGACUGCAUCCGACCGAGGUGAGGGCGCUGGCGACGGGGGACGAGCUGAGCUUGACGAGCGAGGGCGUCUGGGACGAGGAGACGCUGUUUGCCGACGAGGGCAAGGCGCCUAGGGUGAUGCUUGGACUCGGGCUGGACAUGGACCGUGAUGAGGAAAGACUAUUGAGCGGCGCGCUGGGCGUGGACUGGGUCGAUGCGCUGCGGUAA